AUGUUUUCUCAAUAUAUGAGAAAUCGGAAUCGAAUUUUCGAUCCAUUCGAAUCAGGUCGGAAUAUAUUCCUUCAACUUGUUAUUCGUUUCUAUUCUUUCCGAUGCCAUUUUAUUGUCAUUCCUCUCGUGAUUAUAUACGCUGCAGUUCAUCUCGGCCUUGCCAUACAUUAUUUUGGUCAAUGUCCAAUGCAACCAAUGAUACCGAUUUAUAUGAUUGUUCAUGCAGCAGUUCAUCUCGGACUGAUUGUUUUUGCUUUAAUUGGAGUCAUUGUAGUUCAAUGUAUUUAUUCGUUUCAUGAGACGAUCGGCAUUGUGCUUCUUGUUCUUGUUCUUGUGUUACACACUAUUUUAGGUAUAUUUAGCUUUGCUUGGCUAAUUGCAGGUUCAGUUUGGAUAUUUGGAGCAAAAGCGGAUGGUGUUCAAGGAAGUAAUCCGGAUAUAACGAGUACUUAUUGUCAAUCGCAUUUAUAUAAAGCAGCAUUUACUCUUUUGAUUAUCAAUUAUAUCGCACAUGGUCUUUUUGCAAUCGCUAUUAUUGCAAUCUGUGUAUGGGGAAUGAAUAGAAAAGUAAAUCGCUCCAGGAUGGGUAUGAAUAUGAUGAACUAUGGAGUUUAA